UCAAGAAGCACCGGCACUUGUAGAUGGUCAUGAGGGCCGCGAGAGAAGGCAUUUGCAGGGCUUAGGAUAACAGGGCACGUAUUGCGAUGGAAGCUCUGAGUCGUGUUGGCACUCCUCGACUGCGGUCACCACUGCAUCCUCGAAAGUGUAGUAAAACCAAUUCUCAUGAUGGUGGCGGCAGCGGUUCUCUCUUGACCUCGUGUUCCGCCAGCAAAUGGGCCGAACGCCUCAUUUCCGACUUUCAAUUCCUUGGGGACUCCUCGGACCACCACUAUUCGAUUUCCUCCUCCGUCGCAACUCUCAACCCCACUCUUCCUCUCCCUCCGAGGCUCGACCCUCCCGAGCGCUAUGUUUCCAUUCCCCUAGGCUUCUAUCGGGUUCUUGGAGCAGAGACGCAUUUCCUUGGUGAUGGCAUUCGAAGAGCUUACGAAGCUAGGGUCUCAAAGCCUCCUUCGUAUGGGUUCAGCGACGACGCGUUAAUCAGCCGCAGACAAAUACUUCAAGCUGCAUGUGAAACCCUUGCCGAUCCGGGAUCAAGGAGAGAGUACAACCAAAGCCUUGUCGAUGACGAGCAGGGAACCAUUGUCACCCAAGUCCCCUGGGACAAGGUUCCUGGAGCUCUGUGCGUUUUGCAAGAAGCUGGAGACUCUGAGUUGACCCUUCAGAUUGGAGGAAGUUUGCUUAGAGAGAGGCUGCCCAAAUCGUUUAAGCAAGAUGUUGUCUUGGCGAUGGCCCUUGCUUAUGUUGACUUGUCAAGGGACGCUAUGGCGUUGUCUCCUCCUGAUUUUAUUGCUGGCUGUGAGUUGCUUGAGAGGGCAUUGAAGCUCCUACAGGAAGAAGGGGCCAGUGGCCUAGCACCAGAUUUACAAGCUCAAAUUGAUGAGACUCUGGAAGAUAUUACCCCACGGUGUGUUUUAGAACUUCUAGCCUUGCCUAUUCGUGAUGAAUAUCGAUCAAGGAGGGAGGAAGGUCUUCAUGGUGUACGCAACAUUCUGUGGGCUGUUGGAGGAGGGGGAGCAGCAGCAAUUGCUGGUGGCUUCACCCGUGAAGGUUUCAUGAAUGAGGCCUUUUUACAUAUGACAGCAGCUGAACAGGUUGAUCUCUUUGUUGCCACACCAAGUAAUAUUCCGGCUGAAAGUUUUGAAGUGUAUGGAGUGGCACUUGCAUUGGUUGCACAAGCUUUUGUGGGUAAAAAGCCACAUCUUAUCCAGGAUGCUGAUAACUUAUUCCAACAACUUCAGCAAACUAAAGUUUCAACUGUUAAGAAUGCUGCCUCUAUCUAUUCUUCCAAAGAGAACAGGGAGGUUGACUUUUCUUUAGAGAGGGGCCUCUGUGCAUUGCUUGUGGGAGAGCUUGAUAAAUGUCAAUCAUGGUUGGGAUUAGACAGUGAAAGCUCCCCUUAUAGGAACCCAUCUAUUAUGGAAUUUAUUUUGGAAAACUCAAAGGAUGAUGAUGACAGUGAACUUCGACUUUGCAAAUUACUGGAGACAUGGUUGAUGGAGGUGGUUUUCCCCAGAUUUAGAGAUACUAAAGAUAUAAGAUUCAAGCUUGGAGAUUACUAUGAUGACCCUACGGUACUGAGUUAUCUGGAGAAGCUGGAGGGCGCAGGUCAUUCACCAUUGGCUGCUGCUGCAGCCAUAGUGAAAAUUGGAGCUGAAGCUUCUGCUGUCAUUGGUCAUGUGAAGACUGGUGCUUUUAACUUGUUGCGGAAGGUAUUUCCUGUUGUUUCUGAAGAUCAAAUUGUGAAGCCUCAAGAUAACAGUAAGAUGGAUUAUUUUGUUCCUGAUAAAAUUGAGGAUCCUCUGAUAAUAACAGACCAAGAUAAGCAUGCCAAUGUGGAGGUUUCUGGCAUAAAGAAUUCUGGUGAAAUAGGUGAAGACGAGCUUGUUACUAACAAGAUUAAAGGGGCGACAGUGAAAAUCAUGUGUGCUGGUGUUGUAAUUGGACUGGCAACUUUGGUUGGCCUAAAGUAUUUACCUCCUAAGAAUGGCUCACCCAUUCUGCAGGAAACAACUGGUUUGGCAAUGGCCUCAGAUGCUAUCAAUGGAGGAAAUGAAAAAUCUGGGGAGCGACAACGGAAAAUGGAUGCUAGAAUUGCAGAAGCCCUAGUUCGCAACUGGCAAAAUAUCAAAUCUGAAGCUUUUGGACCUGAUCAUCGCCUGGAAAGAUUGCAAGAUGCUUUGGAUGGUGAGAUGCUGAAGAUAUGGAGUGAUCGUGCGGCGGAAAUUGCACAGCUUGGUUGGUUCUAUGACUAUGCCUUGUUGAGCCUCAACAUAGAUAGUGUGACUAUAUCACAGAAUGGGCGGCGAGCAGCGGUUGAAGCAACUCUCAAAGAAUCAACCCACCUUACUGCUAUUGGUCAUCCAGAUCACGAUGCUUCAAACAUUAGAACGUACACGACGAGAUAUGAGUUGUCUUGUUCAGGAUCUGGGUGGAAAAUUGUUGAAGGAGCGGUCCUUGAGUCAUGAUCAGCUCUGCAAGACUGCAACCCAUAAUUAGCUUUUGGCAUAUAUUCCAACUGGUUUCCAUCUAUUUGAAUCUGUUUCCACAAUCAUCUGUGCAUUUUUUUAGGCGGGAAAAGAAAUCAUCUAUGCUUUUGAAUUAUAUCCUUUGACACCUGUGAAUUCAAGCGGUUACUUUUUUUA